UACCAGUAGGAGAUGGUUGGGCAGUGAGGAAGAGGAUAUUUCCCUCCCUGAUGCACUUCCCUUUGUCCCAUUGCCAUUGGCUCCCAGCUUGAUGUAAUCAUUGGGAUGCCAGAGGUCAAGACAACUCCGCACAGAUGGGUGCUAGGACCAUGGGGCGCAGGAAGAGAACUAGCUUCACCAAAGAGCACCUGGAGCUUCUGCAGGUGGCUUUUGAUGUUGAUCCCUACCCAAGCAUUGCCGUGAGGGAGCGCAUAUCCCAGGCCACUGGCCUACCAGAAUCCCGCAUUCAGGUGUGGUUUCAGAACAGGAGAGCCAGAACCCUGAAGCACAGGGGCCACAGACUCUCCCUGCAGCCAGAGUCAGCUCACCUUAUCCCCAGUCCCUUUCUACCUACACAACCUUUCUCCACACUCCUCCAUGGGAUCAAAGAUGUGACCCGCCAGGUCGACAUAGAGAAAGUCUCUCAUUACCAGCCGCUGAGCCACAGCCAGAUGCAUGAGGAGGGAGGGGAGGACUGCAUCUACGGUUCCUCAUCUUGUCCCCCUUCUUUCCCGCUCUCUCCGGGGGAUGCCGGAUACAGCAGUCCCUCAUUCAGUGUGGGAGUGAGACACAGGCUCCUGGGCACUAGCUCUCCAGGUGCUUUGCCAGAAGCUCAAUGGUGGAACGUUGCCCAGGAGUUCACAUUCUGCUCCCAGGGCGAGGGCCAGGCCUUCCGCUACUCACCUCCGUCUGGACUUCUUCAUCCCCAGCACGCCAACGGUGGACUCCAGUCCGUUCAUGCCAACAGCACCUUUGACCCAUCCUCCGUUUUCCCUGCCACACCGGACUCAGCCUGCUGGGACAUAGGACUUGAGAAUCCCUCACCCACAGACCAGGGUUUCCUGUACAGGGAAGUCUCAGAUGAGUACUCAAGUCCCUCAGGGCUCUUUGAUGCUAUGAAAGAAGCCCCACUACCUGAACUAUCUUCCCAGUGUGUGGAAGACAUCUUUGGGCAGAUGUAGACGGAGUAGAGUUCAGUGGCAGGACCAGUAAACACCCCUGCCAUUUUCUAAGUCUUCAAUGGCGAGGGUUGCCAACACUCCAGGUUUGGCCUGGAGUAUCACAGAAUAGGUCUAGCUCUUGUGAGAAUUAGUGCUAUUCUGGGACUGUUUAAAUUGAACAAAUAACGAACAAUUUUAUUAUGUCGAUGUACUUAUAAUCAAUCCCAGAAUGAGUUCGGCAACAUUAAGGCAGACCUGAAUGUAUUCGCCAUGUACAAUAGGACUGUUACAGUAAUAGCUGCUGUGCUGUUAUGUAGGGAGGUAAGUUACUACUAUA